CCUAUAUAUAAUAAAACUAGGAGAGUUUUGUAAACACGUUUAGCACGUUGAAUAAAUAGAAAAUAAAACUAUUAAUUAAUUGACUUUUGGUGCACCAGUGAAACAGUUAAAAUACCAAAGUGCAACCAUGCAUGAGAAUUUAACUUCAAAAUUGUUUUACAACACAGUAAUGUGUCAAACCAUUUCUCCGGAUGGCCGGUAUUUACUGGCAGGUAACAUUUACGGCGAUAUAUCAGUAUUCGAUUUGUUCUCGGCGCUUGGACCCAAGCAAUUGGACAACAAUGAAGCACAGGGGCCCACUUUUCAAUUUAAGGCUCAUCCGGAUCAAAAAGUACAGAGCAUGCUGACCACCGAAAAUUUUUUAAUCACUGGAGCAUGUGGUGAAGUCGUUGGAUGGGAUUGGAAAGCUGCUACGUCUUCAAAAUCCAUGAAAAUAAAACCUUCUUGGGUCAUUCAAAUUCCGUCACAAAGAGACAGUCUUGAAAAACCAGAUGUUAACUGUAUGAGUUAUUCCAAAGAAAAUCACUUGAUUUAUGCAGGUUGUGGAGACAACAAAAUACACAUUAUCAAUUUAGAGGAUGGAAAAGUAUUGAAUAGUUUAUCUGGUCACACUGAUUUUAUCCACAGCAUUUCAUUAUCGGGAAAACAAUUGGCAUCUGGUAGUGAAGAUGGUAGCGUUCGAUUAUGGGAUCUCAAUAACAAGGAAAACACAAACGUUGUGAAGCCAUAUUUGGAAAACAAAGUAACGAGAUCAAAGAUGGGCAAAUGGAUUGGUGCUGUAGAUCUCACCGAUGAUUGGCUACUCUGUGGUGGAGGUCCAAAAUUAUCUCUGUGGCAUCUGAGGACAAUGGAAGUAGCAACGGUAUUUGAUUUGCCUGAUGAAGGAAUUCAUGUUGCAAAUAUUUUUGAAGAAAGAGUAAUUGCUGGUGGUGCAAUGCCGUACCUUUCUCAUUUAACUUAUCAAGGUGUGACACUUGCUAAAGUUCCGGUUUCGAGCAACACAGUGUACAGCGUCGUUUACCAAGAGCAGCCUCAAAGAGUCUUGUGCAUCGGUGGUUCUAGUAAUAAAAUUGAUGUGUGUACAAACUUUAAUUAUCGAGAGAUGGUUUUCAAAUUCGCAUAA